GCUUUCUACGCUCCCUCACUCUUCAUCCUUCGCGGCGCAGCUGGGACCUUCUCGUUGGCGAAGCAACGCACACACGUCAUCUUCACCAGCGGCGAACGGCAUUUUCAAUCGUCGCCUCGGGAUCGCCGUCGUGAUCCAUGCUAUACCACAAUCCAUCCUAUCAGAAAUCGUCGGAUUCAUCGAACUGCUAUCGGGAAUAUUUCUGCAAGUGAACUAAGUCGUGUUUUGAAUGUGACAUUAACCAGAAAUGUGAAUUGUUUUGAGAUUAGAAACUUUUAAAUAAAAUUUAAUGAAUUGAACAGAAUCAGUUUUGUGAUCAAUUAGUACCAAAAAUAUUUCGGUGCACAAAGAUUGAUUUCAACAAUAAUAAUGUUUAAGCAAUAUCAUUGCUGAUAAAGAAUAUGAUUCUUUCAGAUUACUAUUAAUUAUUUUGUCAGAAAAAAAUUCUUUAGAUUUAUGUUUCGAUGAUUACGAGCAAAUUAAAAAUGGAACGGAAGAACUAGUUCAACGAAUAUGUGGGAUUUUGUUGGUGAUUAUAAAUACGGGAUCCGUGAAACAAUUAAAGGAUUAAAACAAACGGAAGUCGACGAUGACAUCGGACAAUGGGAAUAUAUACGCCACCAUUACAUAAAGUUAAUUAUUGAAGUGUCAAGCAUCGAACCGUCGUGGAAAAUUCAUUUUUGUAAUAAAGAUGAAGUCCUUUGAACUCGACGACGUCGAUUUGGGUCGCAAUAAAUGUGAUUUGAAAUUAUUCGUGAUAAAUUAAAAUAAUUGUUAAGAACUGUACCUCGCGAUUAAUGGAAAUGAAUUUGGUUCAAAUCAUGAAGCAUGCUCGAUAAUUAAUCGGAAGUCGGGUGAAAGUGACAGUUAAUAGAAGAAAAAAUUGUGUUAUGAGCUGUUGGAGUCAAUUAAACGGCGAUAUCUUCAUAAUUUCUAUCUACCAUGCAACCAUUUUCAACGGGUAGUACAAUGGCGACUGAGACACCAACGAGUCUGCCACCUGAGAGGGUAACCUCCCCGACCGAAUCUUGUCGAAAUCUUACUUUCUCUAUCGCAAAAAUUAUGGAACCGGAUAAACGACUGACCGAGCAAAACUCUAAUCCGCUUCCACCGCCGCCAGCGGUCCCAACAACAACGACGACGACAAUUCUUCAACCGCCGAACAUCUCUUCCCCGUCGUACUCAGCGCAUUUAAAAUCGGCGUUUGAAAAAUACGUGCCGACUUUGAGGCAUCAAGAUCUACUUCAGCAUUAUCCUGUAUUGUCUAAGUAUUAUCCACUGUACUAUCCGAAUCCUUUACUAAGAGCUUUCCCAGGCCCUCCCGCUUCAACUCAAUCUGUCACGCAGAAUUCGCCGCCUCCCACGACUAUCCAGGAGGCUUCCUCGAGACUGAAUUUGACCAGUGUGUCACCAGAAAAUCAACGCGGCAAGAAAAGUCCGGCGCCGCGUGGUGAGCUUGGCACCGCAAAUAAGCAAAAAACUUUUACUUGUCCGGAAUGCGGCAAGGUGUUUAAUGCGCAUUAUAAUUUAACUAGACAUAUGCCAGUGCACACGGGUGCUCGGCCAUUUGUCUGCAAGAUUUGUGGAAAGGGUUUCCGCCAGGCUAGCACACUUUGCCGACAUAAAAUUAUUCACACUGCCGAAAAACCGCAUAAAUGCGUAACGUGCGGCAAGGCUUUCAAUCGUAGUUCUACUCUUAAUACCCAUACGCGCAUACACGCCAAUUUUAAACCAUUUGUCUGCGAGUUCUGCGGUAAAGGUUUUCAUCAGAAGGGUAACUACAAGAAUCACAAGCUCACGCAUAGCGGUGAGAAGGCAUACAAAUGCAACAUCUGCAACAAGGCGUUCCAUCAGAUCUACAAUCUGACUUUCCACAUGCAUACACAUAAUGACAAGAAGCCGUUUUCUUGCAAGAUUUGUGGCAAGGGUUUUUGCAGAAACUUUGACCUUAAAAAACAUAUGCGAAAACUGCACGAUACAGGUUCGCCUGUGCUUAAUGGAUUAGAUGCCUCGGGCCAGAAUCAUAAUCAACAGUCAGGCUAUUCCUCAGUGUACCACGGCCCGGAACAUUCUAUCGUCAGCCCAUUUAUACUUUCCCCGCCUGGAUCCACCAGUUAUCACUCUCUGAGUAAGAUGUUGUGACAAAGCGAGAAUAUGCACUAUUCCAGGAAGACUCAAUAUCCAAUUAUUCUUGGCUCACCUUGCUAUUCAACUGACAUGGGUCAGUUGGUGCAAACUUCUAAGUGAAAAAUAAAAGAAACAUAAAAAUCAUUCAAUUUCUUACUUGGAAAGAAUAUUUCUCUAUUUAGCCACAAAAAUAAAAAUAUCCCUUUACUUACGACGUUACAUUCUGAAACUUCGAUCGUAAAUUGAAUAGGAAUCUAAUGCUAAGUAUUAAACUGCCGCUGUACAUUUUCUGUUAACAAAAUGUUGGUAGAACGUCAAUAGAAAAUAUUAACAGACUAAACUCACUUGAGGCCCCAUUCUGCUAACAUUCUGUUGAUAGAACCUAUGUAACAUUUUACAUCAGUAAAUUGGCAGCAAAAAUCAAGUAAACUUUGUUGCAAAUCAACAGCCUGCUAUAUUAUUGCUGCCAAUCUGUUGUCAGAUUAUUAUUGCACAGGUCCUGCUCACUUUCUGCUGCUAAUUUAAUGUCAGGUUCUGGACAGUAUGCUCGAAUUUGCCCACCAAUUUACUAUGUAGAAUUGCAAAAGGUUCUGUCACAUGUCUAAUAGUAAUUUGCUGACAUUAUUAGAUAUUACAAAGUCUGUUUGAAAUUUUUCUAAUAAACAGAUUUUGAUAGCACACUUUGCCCAUAAUCUGCCUCUUUUUUCAUAAAAAUGUAAUACUAUACAAUAUUUAAAUUGGCCAAUAAUUAUUACUUAUUUUGAGUAUUAAAAGUACUAACAACAAUGGUUUUAAUACUUAAAAUAAGUAUUAAUUACUGGCCAGUAUUACAUAUUUAUAAGUUUUAAAGCCUGUAUCAGAUUAUUGAUUGUGAAGAUUGACACGACUGCCGACUGACAUUUAAACUACAAUUUGAACGCGAAUCUAGUUAAUCGACGCCUUAUUAUGACUAGUCCAAAAUCAUAAUUAAUAGCCGAAUUAGCCUUGACAGUUAGUAGUCUGACACGGGUUUAGUAUUUACUGAAUUUAAAAUUGGAAAAUAGUCUGGAUCAAUAUGGUAUACAAUAAUCUACAGAUAAUUAGUUACGAAUGACAAAUUAAGUGACGAAUGACAAUAUGAGUUGUUGUAAAAUUGCUAUUGUAGGUCACCUUUUUAUAAGUAGAUUUAUGUUUUUAUGUUGGCAUUAAUUUGUUAAAAUUAGAAUUCAUUUGAGCGCAACUCGACAAACAUAAUGUUGUUUCAUAUUUUUCCGAAUUUGUUGAAAUUAUUUGUAAUAAUUGUUGGCAAAACAUGAUAGCCAAUUCAAAGCAUUUUACCACUCAUUGUCAGAAAGAUUAAAGCCUCGAAGAAUACAGAAUUUAAUAAUAUUGCAUACAUCUUAUUUAUUUACUUAAGAGAAUUCUAGAGCAAAUUACAAACAUUUUUUUAUUAGAAAGUAUCUCUGAACUGGUUUUACAGAAUUUCAAAUUUUUCUACACAAUUAAACCACAAAAAUCGA